GCCAUUUAUUAACUUGGAGGAAUAAUAAGAAGUAUCGGACGCGAAUGCCUAGGUGCUCCGAAUGCUUUGCAACCUUUGCUAUGCUCUCUACCCGAGGUUCUCCCGCUUUUCCGCCGUCCUGACUUAAGUAUUCGCAUGCAGCCGGAUGCCCUCAUCGCCAGUGCUAAAGAUGCGGGUCUGCGCCGAGGAGGAAGCUCUUUUUUUGAGCUCCGAUUUGGAGUGUGACGACAAGAAGGAUCCGGGCGAGAUCUCUGACUCCGAUGUGCCCAUGGAGCAGCGGAGCAGCAGCAAAAAGAAGAAGAGGAAACACAAGCAUCACAAGCACAAGAAGGACAAGCUUGCGGAUAAACUGGAUGGCAAGUCUGAUAAGGACAGGAAGAAGCAUAAGAAGCACAAAAAGUCCAAGAAAAGUAAGAGCGAAGAGAACGGUAAUGGAGCUGUCAUCGACAAGAUUGUUACUCAGAUUGUCCAUGAAAAGGAGAUUAAUGGCAAACUCAACAAUUCGGUAUUGGAAAUCGGAGAGACUGAAGAGAGCGAGGAGGAGAAAAUGGUUGAUUUGGACUCUGAUGAAGUCGACUGUACCAUUAUCGAGGACGACAUUGAUUUAGAAGAGUUAAUGAAACAGAAGGAACGUCUUCAAGCAUGUUUAGUGCAAUAUUUAUCCGAUGACUCUGAAAAGGAUGAAAGAAAUGCAGGCAAGAACAAACAAGGAUUGCCAGAUGUUAUUGUUGUUGAAGACAGUGGAGAUGAGGAUCAGCCUCUGAAGAAACGACGUAUAAGCGCUUUGGAAAGCAGAGAUCACAGAAAAGUGCUUAAAAGUGAUAGACGUGUUGUUGUAGAUAUGAGCAGAGGUGAGAGAAGAAGUCGGGAUGAGCCAGACAGACGAAGGGAUUUGGAAAGAAAACGUGAUGAAAAAACAAGGACUAGUAGAGAUGAGCUGAAGAGAGAUGAUAGGUUAUCUAGUCGUAAUGAUCGGAAAGUUUAUGAAAAAACUAAAGAAGACAUGAGAAAAGAGGAACUUCUUAGGAAAAAAUUGGAAGACGAUCGGCGUAAAGAAGCUUUAAAAAAAGAAGAAUCACGAAGAAGAGAACACGAGAAAAGUAAAGAGGAAGAAAGGAAACGCGACGCGGAGAGAAGCAGCGCAAGUGCUGUGCGAUCAAGUCACGACUCAAAGUCAAAGGACUUGCGACCGUCGAGGCGUGACAGUAGCCGAGACCGGCAUCUUAACCACGAUCCUCGAAGUCGCGAUCGCAGAGACAGUAGGGACCGACAUCGAGAAAGGAGCCGAGACCGCCUGGAUACACGUAGAAAUCACGACAGAAGAGACAGAUCCAGAAGCGGAAGACGGUCUAGAAGUUUAGGAAGGAGCAGAAGGUCGAGGUCACGCAACCGUAGGGAUCGUGAUAGGCAUGGCCGGGAAACUGACCGAGAACGGAAAACCGGGGAUAAAUUCAAGGACUCGUUGUCUGAAGGACUAAAGAUAGACAACUUGGAGAGCUCCAGUGAAAGCGAGAUCGAUAUUGACAUUAAGGAAGAUGAGGACGAAGAAGCAAUCAUCGAACGUCGUCGAAAACAAAGAGAGGAGCUCCUAAAGAGGCUAGGAGCUCCAAAUGAAGACUCAAACUUUUCGUCAGACGUAAACGCCACAAGAUCCCCGCCAUCCGAGAGGCAGGAGUACUUGUCUAACAAGAUGCACUCGAACAGCAAUAACAACAACGAGUCGAAUUCGGAGAGUCAUACGCCACCGCUGCCUGAAAGAAGGAGAAGAUCUAAGGGUGACGAGAAAAGCGGUACCGACAAGCAGGACGAUAAGAAUAACGACAAGAAAGAAGACAAGGCGAAUUCAAAAAAAUCCAACGAGUGGGACAUGUUUGCAGAGGUCGAUACUGUUGGCGAUUUUAACAGCCCCACAGUAGAUGGAGUCAAGCGUCAAGGCGGGCCCGACAACAACCCUAGUUUAACCGAUAACUGGGAUGACGCUGAAGGCUAUUACAGAGUUCGUGUUGGUGAGACUCUAGAUUCAAGAUACCUUGUUUACGGGUAUACAGGACAAGGUGUCUUUAGCAACGUUGUGCGGGCUAGGGACACUGUUCGCGGUAACAUGGAUGUAGCUGUUAAAAUUAUUAGGAACAAUGAAAUAAUGCACAGAACAGGUCUUAAAGAAUUAGAAAUUUUGAGAAAACUAAAUGACGCAGAUGCCGACGAUCGUUUUCAUUGUUUACGAUUAUAUAGGCAUUUCUUUCACAAAAAUCACUUGUGUAUGGUUUUCGAAUCUUUGUCAAUGAAUUUGAGAGAAGUGUUGAAGAAAUAUGGAAAAGAUGUUGGCUUGCAUGUAAAAGCUGUUAGGUCGUACACGCAACAGCUUUUCUUAGCUCUCAAGCUUCUUAAGAGAGCAAACAUCCUGCAUGCAGAUAUCAAACCUGACAACAUUCUAGUCAGUGAGUCUAAAUUGGUACUAAAAUUGUGCGAUUUUGGCUCUGCAUCUUUCGCUCAUGAAAAUGAGAUUACGCCCUAUCUCGUCUCCAGAUUUUAUCGAGCGCCUGAAAUAAUUCUUGGUAUACCUUAUGAUUUUGGAAUCGACAUGUGGUCUGUCGGCUGUACUAUUUAUGAACUUUACACUGGUAAAAUCAUGUUUUCGGGAAAAACUAAUAACCAAAUGUUAAAGUUUUUCAUGGAUUUAAAAGGCAAGAUGCCGAAUAAACUUAUUAGGAAGGGCCAAUUCAAAGAUCGACAUUUUGAUACCAAUUGUAAUUUCCUGUACCACGAAGUUGAUAGAGUUACUGAAAGGGAAAAAGUGGUCCAAAUGUCGACGCUCCCUGCAACUCGCGACCUGGGUGCUGAAUUAGGAGGCCAUGGUUUGCCUGCAGAGCAGGCUCGCAAAGUUGCCCAGCUUAAGGACCUUCUUGAGCGCACGCUCAUGCUGGAUGCCGGAAAGAGGAUAACUGUCAAUCACGCGCUGGCCCACCCUUUUAUACAAGAAAAGAUCUAGGUAACCCAUCGCGUGGCCAAAAUCUGAGAACGUCCUCGUCCGUUCUUGUCAACUCAGAGACAGACAGAAUUUAUGAGAAAAAGAGAUAGAAAAAGAAAUGCAUCAUCGAGUUUGUACAUUUUUAUCGACGUUGCCACUUUCACGUUAGAUACGAAAUCUGCUUUCGUUUUUCUUUGAUAAAGAAGGGACUUUGAGAAUAUAUACUGCCACUUUUGACAGCUUAUUUAAGGAGACAAACACGCGCUAUGAAAUUGCGAGGGCGUUUAUGUUUAUUGUUAUUGAUUUUUUUUCGUGGUACUUGACUGUAAGUCACGCUAUUUUCUAUUUGUACAUAUAGUUUCAGUGACGUAUAAAGUAGAUUUCUUGAUACUGUAAAAUUAUUGUUGAAGUUUUAUGUAAGUAUUUGCAUUUAGAUUAAUAGUCCGGAUUAUAUUCUAUUUGGAUUAAACUGCAUUUUCAAUAUUUUUGGUUGAUGUCAGAUGUGCUUAUAUUUAUGUUGUUACCAAAUACCAACUUAUGCAAUGCUAAAUUUAGCUGUUUUGCAUAGUCAUGUAUUACUACAAUAUUUACUUAUGCAAACUUGCAUGCUAUACAUUACAAAUUAUUCAUCAAUCAGAUUUCGCCCUCGUAACUUCAAAACUGUCUUAGUAAGAUCUGACAGUGGUAUACUAUUAUUUUUUUUGCUCCAUAUUGUUGAAGAAUGUCUUUUGAGACCAUAUUCCUAAACUUUAUAAAACGUUUCUUAUAAAAUUGUACAAUAUAUUUACGAAUUAAACGACGUAUAGAAUUAAUAAACGUUGUAGAUUUCUACAAACGUUGUAAUCAAAACAACGUAAAAGUAUCGACAACGCGAUCGAGACAACUUGUAAGAUAUUUUACGAUAAAUAACUUUUAUGUUGCUUGAAUUCGCGAUUCACUCAAAACACGAAUUAAAUUGACGGCAAGGUUUUUAAGUUUGCAAAAUAUAAAAUUGAGCGACACAGGUUUUUGAUGUACUAAAUGAAUGAGAUUGUAUAGCGAUUAGAAGUGCAAAAUGAACGAUAGAAUAUAAAGUCAUAUGCUUAUUAUUAUUAUUAUAAUUAGAAACAAAAUGGGAAAUACAAUGAACAUAUUAAGUGAAGAAUGAAUCGCUCUGUUACUUCAUGUUAAUUUUAAGAAAUAAAAAAGUGUUUGGAUUGAAUACGUCGGCCUCAAAAGUUUAUCUAUGACUCUGUAUACUUCACGACUUUUGACGCCGAUGACACGGAGCAGAUUUAUUUCUUUUUUUUUACACACGCCUUUUGACUUGCGCGUAUUUUUUUCAAUGUUUUUUUUUUCAAUUUCAAUUAUGUGGUAAUUUUCUCAAUAUCGUCACUUUUUUGUGUUGAAUUUUAAGAACUCAUACAUACGCAAACGAAUGUCACUAUAGAAGAGAUUGUCUCUAUUAAUUUAUUUUUAUGUAAUAAAGUUAAGGUUAUUGACGCACAA